CAGGCAGCACUCUCAGUAGUCAUCUUCAACUCUAGUUCUCGCUGAGCCCACUAGAAAUCUGGCAACUUUCCAACACAGCUAAAUUCAAGUUCGACACGAAGAUACUGUAGAAGAGCUGGUCACCAAUCUUGAGAUUUGCACGCAUUCAGGUUGCACUCCGUUCAAAAGCAAGAUUUCUAUUCAAGAAGGUUCCGCCUCCUGUUUAACAUAAUCUAAUAAUGAAUAUUGAGAACCUAUUGGUGUAAGAUCCAACAAUGGGAGAGACUUCAUCUUAUCAAGUGCGGCUGGUGGUGCUGGGAGGGUCAGGAGUAGGAAAAUCAUCUGUCCUUAAGAGGUUUCUGUUCGACACCUAUUGUGAGAAGCACUCUCCAACUGUGGAGGACAUGCACUAUCGGGAGUUCGAUCUAGGCACCCUGACCCUGAAAGUGGACUUCCUGGACACUGCUGGCGACAUGCAGUUUCCUGCCAUGCGACGAUUAUCUAUAGCCAACGCUCAGGCCUUUCUUCUUAUAUACAGCGUAGAUAGUAAAGCGUCCUUUGAAACACUAAAGAAAUGCUUUGAAGAGAUUCGAGAACAGCGCACUGACUUCCAAGAAGUUCCCAUUGUUGUUGUUGGAAACAAAAUGGACGUGCCUAGCGAUCGCCGGGAAUUACUGAAGGAAGAUGUGGCUGAGUGGGUUUUUUGUGAACUCCCUCGGCUUCGAGUUAAAGUCUUGGAAUGUUCAGCAAAAGACAGCAUGAACAUCAAAGAGCUUUUUCGCUCUUUCCUCAUUCUGGCUAAAAUACCACUUCCGUCAGAUUCAUCGAGCUUGUACCGGCGCUCAAGUGCACAUGCAUCGAGUGGAAAAGCUAAAGGCGCCGAAGAUGGGUCUCAAAAAAGUGAACCGCGCAGUCGCAGUCUGAUCCGUCGUGUCAGCAAGAAAGUAUCGAGAAAACGAGAGUGCGCUAACAGUGAUAAUGAAACAAACGACUGUAUUCUCUCAUGAGCAUAUAGCCAUUAAUUGUUUUUGAAUCAUUUUAUAUGUCGUCUCUCGAAUGAUUUAUUCGUUAUGUAAUUUCUACUCUUCUGCUCGAUCCCACUCUAGACCCGCGCGCCCCCUACUAACGGGAAUACCUGAUUCUGUUUUCUGGUGAACCAAAACUGGAACUAUGUGAGGUACGGCGAAAAGACAACAUACAUAUCAAAGAUCAACCUGUAUUAUUAACGUCCAUAAAGCUCUAAUGGUUUACUUUGUCGUAUUACGGAAAUCACAUAUUGCAUAAAAACAAAUAUCAAUUUUUCACUUUGAAUGCACUUUCAAAUCAACCAAAUUAGUUUUAUUACUGACAUUUUACUGUGUAAGAAGCUUAAUAGAUAUAUUUUCCCUCUUUUCUGACGAGAAUUAAAUUUCUUUUAC